GAGGUCUUCGUGAAGAUAGUGCAUACAGUUGGGGCUAAGGGUGUGCGUUGGGAGAAGAAGUAACACUUUUUCCAGUAUUAGACGUAGUUGGCGCAACUUGUCCAAGAAAGUCUAUAGUCUUUAAAUUAUAUGUUAGUCGCUAACCAUAGUUUGGCUUUAUCUGUGUAGAAAUGGAAAGCGUGUGAAAGGCAGGAUAGCUACAAGCUUAAUAACCGAACAAAGAGCAUCGGCGAGGUAACCUCAAGUACUUUGCGACGCAAGGUGCUUCCAACUGGCGCACGCUGUCGUAUAUAGACAGACGGUGACUUUGCACCCUCAACGUCUAGGCGCGACUGCUCGCAAAGGGCGCUCGCCGCAGCUGCUCGAGCCUUUCAACAAGCUAUCAACAGCCAACGGACGCCGCUUGUCUACCCACUAACCGCUCCACACAGCCGGGUCUACAGACUGACGGUGUUUCCGGGCGUGCGAAGAGGUUCGGUAUCCCUGGGCCUCACCAAACUGCAGCCAAGACUGAAGCAUCUGCCCAGACAAUGCUGAAUUACCACCAGGUAUAGCUCUCAGGUCGUGCAAUUGCAAUCGGUCCUGACGUUUAAAACUUGGAUCUACCAACAACGACCAAGUUACAAACAGCAACAGCCGCAAGUGCAGCACUUGUAGUAACAGCAUUACCAAGCCGUGAGGCAGCUUACCACGGAAGGCCGCCUUUCACAGCGGUUGGAGGAGCUGUCAGCAAGCGUUAGCGGAGCACCAUGCAGCCGCCAACACCUUCCAACGACCCGCCCGGAGACAACCCGGCAGCCUUUCCUACUCCCGAACCCAUCUCCAGCUCAGCUCAAAUUCCCGACACGCAUGCACCCAGCCCUUUCUCCGCAGCCUCGACAAUCGCAACCUCUGCCUUGGGCCUCCGCACGCCACGCGCCACAUGGGAAUCUGAUGAUGGCGAGUCCCCUCGAGCAGCAGUCCGGGCCGCCGCCGCUAACAUAACCCCAACGUCCGGCGGAGGAAGCGGUGGCAGCAGCCCCCAACUAAGGCUCCACCUAAGCGCCUCCGCCGCUGCUGCCGCAGCCUCCCUCAUCCCAGGGAGUCCUGCAGCUGCGAGCCCCAGGCUUGCUGACGUCACCGCCGCCACCGCAGCCGGCUCGUUUGUGAGUCCUAGCCCUAGACGGGGCUUCGCCUCCCUCGGCGGCGCCCGGCGGGGUUCUGGCUCCGCCUUUUCCUUCGCCAGCCCUCGGGUGCAUGCAGUUGGCCCCAGCGCGGCUGUUGCUGCUGCCGUCACCUCGCACCCCAGUCCAAGUCCCGACGCUGUUCCCGCCGUGGGUGUCGUACUGGAGCCCGGUCAGCUCCAGCACCAACACGCCUCAUCAUCACCGCAGCAUCCAAAGCCGCAUGCGUCCUCGCUGCCGCUGCCGCUACCCCCCAUGGAAGCCACUCUCACCGCCAGCCCCCACCAGCACCACCGCCAUGACACCCCUCAGUCGCCACCUUCCAACCCACAUCAGCCACGCAGGCUAAGCCUAGGGGCCGCCGGAGGGGCCCACAGCAGCAGCGACAGCAACCACAGCCGCCGCCAACACCACCACAACCACCUAUACAACAUGGGCGGGAGUAGCAGUCGCAGCAUGGGCGGCGGCGGUGGCAGCAGCAGGAGCACUGGAACGUCAGGCCCCCCCUCGUCUAGCAGCUCCCCUCGCGCCCCUCGUGUCUCAACCCACUUCAGCAUGCAUGCGCUGACGGCAACGGCAGCUGCGGCACUGACGCCGCCGCCGCCUUCAGCUGCUGCUCCGGCGGGGGCCACAGCUCCGACGGGUAACCUGGGAAACUGCGGGCCGCAGGAGCCGCUGCCGUCGGCGGAACUGCCGUACCGCGAUCGCUCCCGUACGUCUUCCGGCGGCAGUGCCGUAGAGCUGCCGCCGCCCCCGCCGCCACUGGAGGUUGUCAUCUCGCCCAGACAAUCCGCGAGGUCCGCCAUGGCAGCGGCGACGGCGGCGGCCAAUUCGAUGUCGGCGGCGGCGGCGGCGGCAAUGGCGGUUCCGGAGCUUCCUCCGCAGCGGCAGCAGGUGUUCCGGAGCUCCUCACCGGGUGAUUCCUCCAGCAGGCUUCACGUGCUGCGGCCCCCGCGGCCGCCGCCGCUGUCUCACAGCGUCUCGGUUGGCGGCGCCCUGGCGGCUAACCUAGCAGCGGCGACGGUGGCGGCAUCACCGGACCUCCCCGCUGCCGCGCUAACACUGAGACGUCCGCUGCCGCCGCUUCCGUCAUCCUUGGUUCCACCGCCGUUGCUGCCGUCACCCGGCACUUCCACCGACAACACGCGCACACCGACAGCUGACGGCGACGAGGGAUGCGGCGCGGACAUUCACGACCAGCGGCCAGCAGGCGACGCCGCACUGCCUGGUGCAGGCGCCGCCGCCGACGGCAGCAGCAGCCCCAGUGCCGAAGGAGGACCCUCCGCCAAGCUGCCGAAACACGCGCAACAGCAGCAGGCGCAUGGCGGGGGCGACGUCGUACCAAGCCCUCAGCCUCUUGCGGCGGAGGCUCCGGCUACACCUCCGCCCACUGCGGCCCCAGCCGCCGCUGCCGCCUCACUGACCGCCGCCUCGCCGCCGUCGCUUGCUCAACGUGAUGACGCCGCCGCCGCUCGCGAGAGAAGUCUGUCCGCUGACGCCGCCACCGCCAGCGCUGCCGACGGCGGCCGAGUUCGAACCGUCGCAUUGGGAUCCGCUCCGUCAAUCGUCACGGGCGCCGCCGUCGGCGUGCCCGUAAUGCUGCUGCAGCCCUCCGCCGCCGUCACUGUCAUGGGUCGCCCGGCGGCGGAUGCCGCCGCUGCCACUGGUGUCACACAGCAUCACCAAGAUGCACAUGGCCCCGCGGACCUUGUCGUACGAUCUGCCGGGUCGGCGCUCCUAGCCACGAACCCUGGUGUCGACAUUGUAGCGACGAUCUCCGCAACCGCCGGUGGCGGCGGAGCUGCCGUACGGCGACGGCGCGGUACGACCAGUGGCGGCGACGACGAUGUGGGUACAGAUGACGAGGGCGGCGGUCCCUGUGCGCUUCCGUCGGAGGUACGGCGGCGGCUGAGGUCGCAUCUGGGUCGCCACCGCGCCAAGCGUAUUCGCACCUGGAAGGACCUGUCCAUCAGUGUUGCCAACCUGCGCUCCGGCUACUGGCUGUUGUUCUCCAUGCUGCUGCUGGCGGCGCUGCUGGGCGGCUUCCUGUUCAUGGCGGGGCAGUACCAGUGGGUGCAGGCGGCGGGGCUGGCGGGGGGGAGCAGCAGUGGGGGCAGUGACAGCAACAGCAGCAGUAGUGGAAGCAGCAGCGGUAGUGGGAGCAGCAAUGUGACUAGUGGGAAUAGCGGGAGCACCAGCAGUGGAAGCAGCACUAGCAUUGGCAGCAGCAACAGCGGCAGCUACAGCAGCUUUGGCAGCCCCCCAGGAGCAUGGUCUCCCGCCACCUCCACCUCCUUCUUCUCCACCUCCCCUCCCUCUCCCUCUCCUCCCUCUCCCUCUCCUCCCUCCCCCACCUCCCCCACCUCCUCCUCGCCCCCCGCCUGGGGCCCCUCCUCCCUCUCCUCCUGGCUCGCCUUCUGGCGCCCCCGCACCGCCCGCACCUUCUCCUUCGAGUAUCUGCGCGCCUGGGGCGGGCGCUACGGCCCCGACCUGGCUGCGGGGCAGUGGUGGCGGUGGGGCAGCUCGCUGCUGCUGCACCAGAGCCCGCUGCACCUGGCGUCCAACCUGGCGCUGCUGCUGGUGUUGUGCACCUACCUGGAGUCGCUGUACGGCGGCUGGCGGGUGCUGCCGCUGUGGGUGGUCGCGGGGGUGGCUGGGAACAUGGCCAGCGCCCUGUUCGAGUCGCCCUGCACGCUGGUGGUGGGCAGCAGUGGCUGCGUGUUCGGGCUGCUGGGCGCCUACCUGGCGGAUGCGGGGACCAACUGGGAGAGCAUCCCGCUGCUGUGGCUGAGGCUGGGGGGCAUGGGGACGGUGGUGGGACUCAUGGUGGCGCUGCAGGUGACUGACGGCGGGGUGCGGCAUGGCGGCUCCAUCUCCCACGCCUCCCACGUGGGGGGCUUCCUGGCGGGGGGGCUGCUGGCGGCACUGGUCAUACCCGACUUCAAGGCGCGCAGGAGCGAAAAGGUUCGGGAGUUGCUGACGAAUCUGGGUCUGCAGUCGCACAUGCCGCCAAUGGACAGUCCCGCGGGUCGGCAGCUCUACUCCUUCUGGCAGCGCCACCGCCUGCUGCGAUACGGACUGUACGGCAUUGCGGUAGUCGUACUUCUGCUGGAAUUGAUUGCCGUACCGUUGUACGUGUACUUCCGCACGUUCAAGGACUUGUCAUGCGACUGAGGUUGUGGCCUGGGGGCAGAAGGAAAAUGCUGUGAACGCCUAGAUGUGGGCGGGUAGGGGAGGGGAGAUACGGUGAUGCGAGCAUGUGACCGAAUCUAAUGGGGCGGGAUUGCCGCAAGUAUGAUGACGUGGUGAGUGCUUUGCCAAGUGAUGUGACAUGCAUUUCCCUGCAGCAGGCGGUAACAGUAGUGUGUAGAUUUAAUCGCAUAAUCCCCUGUAGUACGCUUCUUUGUAUACCGGUAGUAGUGGUGAUGGCAGCAAUAGUGGUGCUCUGAUGCAUGGGGUAUUAUGUUGGUCUCUAGUGUUGAUGGCGAUUGCUACCGUAAUGAUUGCUUUUUGUCAAGAAGGUCGUCGACAUCUGAUCAGGGGAGGAAGGUCAACUGUGAAAUAAGGUAUGGGAGAGACCCGCAGGCAGCUUAUGUAUGAAGCAAUCGCAGGGACGUGGGUGUGGCUUUGCUUAACCAUCCGCGCACACCCUUACAUGCAUUUCCGCAUUGCAGGCCGGGCAGCUUAAGAACUUUGCUUUGAGGUUUAUGUUGCAGUUGUUGCCUCUGUCGCUGGUUGGUGUUGCAGCUGCUGUUGAUGUUCCAGUUGCUGUACAGCCGUUGCCAACGACCGCCGUGUGAUUGAGUCUGUUGGGUUGCUGGGUGAAUCGUUCUUAGCAGGGUUUGCGUCAGUCAGCGGUGUGUGUGAUCAGGUCUCAGUGAUCAAGAACUGCAGGGGUUUGCUGGCGGGUUGUUUUAGCAGUCGGCAGCUGGGAGCGGUUGGCGGCUGGUGUUGUUGUUGCUGUCAAACUGCAGGAGUUGGAAGUGGAUCUAAGUUGAAAGGUAACCACCGCUUGAAUGCAUGGACAUGUCCCUUUUACCGAAACCCGGAACAAGAUGGGUAUUUACCACAAGAGGGAUACCUGCAAGAUAAGGAAAGAGCAAAGGAGCCCUCGCCAAACUUCGAAAUACUGCCGUACUGGAUUGCUUGUGAUUGCUUUGUGCCGACUGACCUCUCCUUCGGCUACUGUCGUGUGCUGUCUAUGCCGUUGUUUCUUUGUUCCAUUCGCGGUCCAUUGAUGUGUUGUGAUGUGGGGUUCAAAGGACAGCGGAGCAUCUCUACAAGGAACCAAAGUACGACAUGUCUGAUCGUACAUAGUAUGACGAAGGUAUUUCUAUUCCGUGUCCAUGCACCCCUAGGUAUUAGUUUUCAACCUCUGGUUCUGGUUUUUUGUAAUAUUUUGUUCGGCUUUUCAUGUUGGCGUUUUGUAUAGGUAGGGACGAGGAUUAACUAAUGUGUGGAAAUGGCGCACGCCAUGCAGAGGAAAGGGUUGUGUAAAUCGG